UCCUUAACUCUCUUAACUACCAACCAACGCCUCUCUCUCUCCUUCUAUCUCUCGCUCGGAACCAUUUCUCUCUCUCUCUCUCUCUCUACCUUCCGGUCGCUUGUUCAGCUGCGGGAGCUGAGGAGCCAGCCAGCCAGCCAGCGCGCAGCAGAUCUCCCUGAUGGCGGGGCCGCACAUCAGCAACGGCGAGGCGGAGCUGCCCAAGCCGGCGGGGCUCAGCUCGUCCGCUUCCUUCAAGUCGUCCCGCAGGAAACCCAACGGCGUCGGAAACGCCGUCCCCCGCGCCGGCUCCGAUGUCGAUGACAUCAUCACCCUCCUACAUGGCUCCGAUCCUGUCCGCGUCGAGCUCACUCGCCUCGAAAAUGAAGUUCGAGAGAAAGACAGAGAAUUAGGAGAUGCGCAUGCAGAGGCUAGGGCUUUGAAGUAUUCCGAACGUCUCAAGGAGAAAGCUGUUGAAGAGUUAACCGAUGAGCUGAAGAAAUCGGAUGAAAAGCUAAAAGCCACUGAAGCUCUCCUGGAAAGCAAGGUACUGGAUAUCGUCCUGUUUUGCGUAAUAUUAUUGACUUCUAGAUGGGAUGGUAAUUUAUUUUCAAUUUUGCAGAAUCUUGAGAUAAAGAGAAUAAAUGAUGAGAAGAAAGCUGCCCUGGCCGCACAAUUUGCUGCAGAGGCUACACUUAGGAGAGUCCAUGCUGCGCAAAAGGAUGAUGAUAUGCCUCCAAUUGAGGCAAUCAUUACUCCACUAGAGGCAGAGCUUAAGCUCGCCAGAAUGGAGGCAGCGAAGUUGCAGGAAGAUAAUAGAGCACUCGAUCGCCUUACAAAGUCCAAGGAGGCUGCUCUAGUUGAGGCUGAAAGAACCGUUCAGAUUGCUUUAGCUAAAGCAUCACUUGUUGAUGAUCUGCAGAACAAAAAUCAAGACCUCAUGAAACAAAUUGAGAUAUGCCAGGAGGAGAACAAAAUCUUAGACAAGAUGCACAGGCAAAAGGUUGCUGAAGUUGAGAAGCUAAUGCAAACUGUUCGGGAGCUUGAGGAAGCUGUAUUGGCUGGCGGAGCCACUGCCAAUGCUGUACGUGAUUACCGGCGAGUGGUGCAAGAAAUGAAUGAGGAGAAGAAGACUCUGGAAAGGGAAGUUGCCCGUGCAAAGGUUUCUGCAAAUCGCGUAGCCACUGUAGUUGCAAAUGACUGGAAAGAUGCCAGCGACAAGGUUAUGCCUGUGAAGGAAUGGCUCAAGGAAAGGAGAUUUCUCCAGGGUGAAAUGCAACAACUUAGGGACAAGCUAGCAGUAGCUGAGCGCACUGCAAAAGCGGAAGCCCAACUAAAGGAAAAAUACCAACUGCGGUUCAAGGUUUUGGAAGAAAAGCUUAAAGGAUCGAAUACUAGCGUUCGAGCACACUCAGAAAUAAAAGGUACUAGCUAUGGGAGUUCACGUCGUCUCUCUCUUGGUGGGGCAGAUCAUGCAAGAUUAUCCUCUAAUGGUUAUACAUCCAAGAAAAUAUCAAUUGCACAGAAUGGACUUCUUCGGUCCAACAGUGCUAAUACAUUGUUAAAGAACAGCAGAACAUCAUCGGGAUCAUUCGAUGGUGGUAGUAGGUCCCUUGAUAAAAUAAUUCCAAGUUCUACCGAGACGGAUAACACACCGGAAAAUAUUGGCAACCCACCUCAAACAACUGAGAUGAAUAGUUCAUCUGAGGAGAUUGCCGACAGGAAUCCUACUGAAAAAGCUGAAAGGGAAGACUGUGUAUCGGGAGUCUUGUAUGAUAUGUUGCAAAAAGAGGUUAUAGCGAUGAGGAAGGCUUGCAAUGAGAAAGACCACAGCCUCAGAGAGAAGGAUGAUGCAAUCGAGAUGUUAGCAAAGAAAGUUGACACGUUGAAUAAAGCAAUGGAAAUUGAGUCUAAAAGAAUGCGGAGAGAAGUAGCUAUUAUGGAGAAGGAGGUUGCUGCUUUGCGUGUAAGCAAGGAGAACGACCACAGGAUGCGGCGCCUCAGUGCUCCAAGGGCUGCUGUACAUCCUCGGUCAAUUUCCACAAGGUAAAAUCAUGAACGGACGGAACUUUUAGGCUGCAUGAGUUAACACCUCUCCAGACUCCCGAAGAAAGUGCUUGCUGUCACUGAUUCCUGAUAGAUUAGAACUUGAAAAUAUGUGGCCAAAUCUAUUUGUGUUCUGGCUGCAGGAACGGACGGAACUUUUAGGCUGCAUGAGUUAACACCUCUCCAGACUCCCGAAGAAAGUGCCUUUUCCUCUUCUGCAGCUGCUGUUUAAGGUUCUGUUACGGUCAUUAGUUUUGUAUCCCUCAUGGUUCUGACUUACGAUAUUGAAUGUCGUGUACAUGUCUGUAUCUAAACAAGGCCAAUCAUGUUAUAGAAUUCGUGAAAGCCUGAAGAACCUCGAGAUUGUGUUUGAGCUAUCAUGUGCCUGAGAUUGAGAAGGAAAAGAAAGAAAUAUAAUCUGUAACUGAUUUCAAACCAUCAA